ACAUUGCGCAUGCGCUUUGAGGCCACCUUCACUAAAAGAGGUGGGUCAUAUAGAUCUACAUAACAGCCAUAGCGUUUGUGUAUCUUUAUGAAUCGUGUCUCAGGCCGGUGUCUCCAACAGAUUAUUGUAACCUACAGUUUGCAGUGUGAUUCCUUUCGGCCAUGAGUGCUGGAACACCAUACAUAGGCAGUAAAAUAAACUUGAUAUCCAAGGCUGAAAUUCGCUAUCAAGGCACCUUGUAUCAAGUGGAUACUAAAGAGGCUACUGUGACCCUGGCCAAAGUUCGCUCGUUUGGUACGGAGAAUCGUCAAGUUCCCAAACCAAUUCCUCCUCGAAAUGAGAUUUAUGAGUUCAUCAUCUUUAGGGGUAGUGACAUCAAGGACCUCAAUGUCAUUGAUGUUCCUUCACAGACUGAAGCUGAGGACUCGGCCCCUCAGGACCCAGCUAUUGUGUCAGCUACGCAAGCUCCACCCCAGGCCAUUCCUCUAAUACCGUCCUCGCAGCCGCCCGCCCCUCCACACCCUAGACAACCCACCUACAGCCCGUUCCCACCUCCGAAUGUCUACUCUCCAUUUGGAAUGCCAUAUGUGAGGCCCCCUGUGAUGAUGGGGACCCGAGGGACAGGACCACCUCCCCCCAUGCACCCCUCACACCCUGCUCAUGCAGUGCCCAUCCCCACACAGCCAAUGGAGACGGCAUUUCGCCCCCCAGAGCAGAGCCAUACAUCAAUGCCUCAAGUGUCAAUGGUGUCUGUUCCUGCCCAAGUCCAGCCUCUUGCUGUUAGCUCCCAACAGCCGGUUACCGCCUUUUCUCCUGGGGUUGUGGCUGCACCUGCUCCGACCAGCAGUGGAACAGAGCCUCGGGCCAGCUCCACUCCAAUGGUACCAGCCACAGUCACUGCAGAGACCACCCCCAAGGCGUCUGUUCCUCUGGAGUCAGAGAGUCCUGGACUGAUUACUCGAGCUCAACCCUUGGUACCUGUGGGGGAUAGACAGUACCAACCUUCAACUUCACGGAGUGAGCCUGCUGAGAGUAACCGUGGCCACCAGCCUGUAGUGGACUCUACAACUGAGCCAGAUGAUGGGUUCGGUGGCAGGGGCAAGGUUGGGCAACAGAGAGGAGGAAGGAGGGGUCGCAACCAAAACAGACAGUACGAUGGGAGAGGAGGAUAUAGGGGUUCCAACAGAAGAGGUUUCCGGGGUAAUUACCGUGGGACCCCUAGAGGAGGUUACAGAUCUCAAGGGCAGCGACCCCCUAGAGGGGGUGGGCCAAGCUCCAACGGUCCUGUCUAUCGCUACGAAUCUGAGUUUGAUUUCGAGUCUGCCAAUGCACGUUUCAAGAAAGAGGCUUUCGAGGAAGAGUUCAAGCAGCUGCAUGUUGACGAUAAGAGUGAGACGAGCUCGAGAGGAGUUAAUGAGAGCAAUGAAGAUGACGACACUCCACAGGGGGAGGGGUCAGAAGUGGUAGUGGCUUCAAAUGAGGCACAGGCCGAGAAUGAUGCUGACUCGGCAGAUGACGAGUUCUAUGACAAGUCCAAGAGCUUCUUUGACUCAAUAAGUUGUGCGAACACGGGAGGGCGUCGUCCUGAUCGCAAUGCUGAACGCGAGAUGAAUACAGAGACAUUUGGAGUGAGCAAUUUCCGAGGGCAUCGUCGCUACCAGGGCAGGGGGCGUGGUCGUGGACGGGGACGUGGGUACUAUGGCAACAGGGGAGGUCAAAGAUACAGCAGAGGUGGUGAUGGGAACUAUGGCAACAACAAAGGUCGUGGGUACUCGGAAAGGAGCAAGGCCAACACAGGUGCCAAACAAGACUGAAACCAAAACUCCCACCAUCGACAAUUUUAUUACAUGAUUGGUCAUUCAUUCGCUCUGAUUCUGAAAUCUGAUCCUCGUUGAACUUUCUAAUCUCAUGAUGUACGUAUAUCACUCUUGCGUGCAAGAACCACCAUAUUAUUGCCUGUGAUUGUGUUGUCAUUGUACCUCAUUCUCUACCUGCACAUAAUUAUUAUGAUUAAUAUCUAAAACCUCAA